AUUCAUUUCCCUCUUGAAUCUUGAUCUCUUCUUCCCGUGGAGCUUGUUAGCUUAAAAAUAAUUCAAACCAGAUGUCUUGAUCUCUUUAUUAAUUGUCUUACAGUUAUUCUCUAUCCGGUUCAGAGUACUUGUUCCUUUGCGAUUUUUCUUGUUUCUUUUUAGGGUUUGCGGAGGUUUAUUUAAGAGAAUUAAGGGCGGAGUGGUGAGAUACAGGAGCAAAGCAGGCGAGGGAGAGUAGGGGGUGGUGGAAGGGUUUUGGUGGACUGAAACUUGCUGUAUGUCAGUAGAUUGCAGCGAGGGUUACUACGGCGGGGUCGGUGAGCUUGUAAAUCCACUACAAUGGCCACAACUGAGGAAAAGGCGACGACUAUGGCUGCAGCUUCAGCAGUAGCCAAUGUUGUUCAGGAUUGGACUGUGGUAAACGCAGUUGAUCGAAGUAGCGAUCAGCAUCACAAAAGAGCUACUAUAUCGACAUUGAUUGGGCCAGUUGAUUCAAUGCCUGAGCCUUCUGCUAAUGUUUCUACCAAAGGUAUCCAGGUCAUGAUGAGGGCUCAGACUAGCCACCCUUUGGACCCCCUAUCGGCUGCUGAAAUCUCAGUGGCAGUGGCAACUGUCAGGGCUGCUGGCGCCACCCCUGAGGUGAGAGACAGCAUGCGCUUUAUUGAAGUGGUUUUAUUGGAACCAGAUAAAAAUGUUGUUGCCUUAGCAGAUGCAUAUUUCUUCCCCCCAUUCCAGCCAUCAUUACUCCCCAAAAGCAAAGGCGGACCUGUCAUUCCUAGUAAACUUCCUCCAAGGCGGGCUAGACUAGUUGUAUACAACAAAAGAUCAAAUGAGACAAGUAUCUGGGUGGUUGAGCUAUCAGAAGUACAUGCAGCAACUCGAGGUGGACAUCAUAGGGGAAAAGUCAUUUCAUCAAAAGUUGUUCCAGAUGUUCAGCCUCCCAUGGAUGCUGUGGAGUAUGCUGAAUGUGAAGCUGUUGUUAAAGAGUAUCCUCCAUUUCGGGAGGCGAUGAAGAAGAGGGGUAUUGAAGACAUGGAUCUGGUGAUGGUAGAUGCCUGGUGUGUUGGUUAUCAUAGUGAAGCUGAUGCUCCUAGCCGCAGGCUUGCCAAACCACUCAUCUUUUGUAGAACUGAGAGUGACUGCCCGAUGGAAAAUGGCUAUGCUCGUCCAGUUGAAGGUAUCUAUGUAGUUGUUGACAUGCAAAACAUGGUGGUAAUUGAGUUUGAAGACCGUAAACUUGUUCCCUUACCUCCAGCUGAUCCAUUGAGAAAUUAUACUCCCGGAGAAACACGAGGAGGUGUUGACCGGAGUGAUGUGAAACCCCUACAUAUUAUUCAGCCUGAAGGUCCGAGCUUUCGUGUUAAUGGGCAUUUUGUAGAAUGGCAGAAGUGGAAUUUUCGCAUUGGUUUCACUCCCAGGGAGGGUCUAGUUAUCUACUCUGUUGCAUAUAUUGAUGGCAGUCGAGGUCGGAGGUCUGUAGCCCAUAGGUUGAGCUUUGUUGAGAUGGUGGUUCCUUAUGGAGAUCCAAAUGAACCACAUUAUAGGAAGAAUGCAUUUGAUGCUGGAGAAGAUGGCCUUGGUAAAAAUGCACAUUCUCUUAAGAAGGGAUGUGAUUGUUUGGGUUAUAUCAAAUACUUUGAUGCCCACUUUACAAAUUUUACUGGAGGUGUUGAAACAAUUGAAAAUUGUGUUUGUUUGCACGAAGAGGAUCAUGGAAUCCUAUGGAAGCAUCAAGACUGGAGAACGGGCUUAGCAGAAGUUCGGCGGUCUAGGCGGUUAACAGUGUCCUUUAUAUGUACUGUUGCAAAUUAUGAGUAUGGAUUCUUCUGGCACUUUUAUCAGGAUGGAAAAAUUGAAGCUGAGGUUAAGCUUACAGGAAUUCUUAGCCUAGGAGCAUUACAGCCAGGAGAGUUCAGAAAAUAUGGAACAACAAUUGCACCAGGAUUAUAUGCACCAGUUCAUCAACACUUUUUUGUUGCCCGUAUGGAUAUGGCUGUUGAUUGUAAGCCUGGUGAACCAUUCAAUCAGGUUGUUGAGUUGAAUGUUAAGGUUGAAGAACCAGGAAAAGAUAAUGUUCACAAUAAUGCAUUCUAUGCUGAAGAGGAACUACUUAGAUCUGAAUUGCAAGCAAUGCGUGAUUGUAAUCCUUUAUCUGCUCGCCAUUGGAUUGUGAGGAACACAAGAAGCGUUAACCGAACUGGCCAGCUAACAGGCUAUAAACUAGUACCGGGUUCAAAUUGUUUACCUUUAGCUGGUUCUGAGGCAAAAGUUUUGAGAAGGGCUUCUUUCUUGAAGCAUAAUCUCUGGGUUACACCGUAUUCACGUGAUGAGAUGUAUCCUGGUGGAGAAUUUCCUAAUCAAAAUCCACGUGUUGGUGAGGGAUUGGCUACAUGGGUUAAGCAGGAUCGACCUCUUGAAGAAACUGAUAUAGUUCUCUGGUAUAUAUUUGGAAUUACACAUAUUCCUCGACUUGAAGAUUGGCCAGUCAUGCCAGUUGAGAGAAUUGGUUUUAUGCUCAUGCCGCAUGGGUUCUUCAAUUGCUCUCCUGCAGUGGAUGUCCCACCCAGUACAAGUGAUUUGGAUCUCAAAGAUAACAUUGUGACGAAGCCUAUUCAGAAUGGAUUGCUUGCAAAGCUCUGAAGUUGUCGAAGAUGAAUGGGUCCCAAAUUUUAUUUUUGCUUCUUUGUUAGGUAGGAUGACUAUUUGCAGUGUGUUGCUCGACAUCAUUCAGUUUAUUAAUGGGCUCAAACAUCUUAGUGUACUGUUUAUUGGAAUUUAUUGACGUUUCUUUGUGAACUUCACAUUUAGGAGGCGUUCUACACUGAAUGCUUUUAUUUUCA